AUUCCUAGAGACGCCGUAUGACAACAAAUCGACGAGAUUCUUAUUUUCCUCUUCAAUCAAAUUUUCUUAUUGAAAACAUGAUAAAUUGUUAUUAAAAGAUAUAACUUAGUAAAAAUUAAUCGUUUUAAAAGUUUUUGCAAGAGCAAGUUUGAACAAGUCAACGUUGUCUGCUGUAACUUGUAAAGCGGAUCCGAAAAUUUGUUACAAUAAUGGAUAAUAUUCCAACACUCGAAACGACGAAGAAAAUUGCAGCUACUAAGUCAAAUAUAUCGAAAUGGUCACGGGAUGAAUUAGAAGAUAGGUACCUCCGUAUGUACGAAGAGGAUAUUAUGCUUAAGAAGCAUGCAAGAAAACAAGAAGACAGGAUUAAGCAAUUGGAAACGAAGCUAUCCAAACUCAAGAAACAGCUAAUAACUAGUGGAACAACUCAGGACUUGUCAAAAACGAAAGGCCGAGAUCUCGAAUUAGAAGAAAGGUUGGAUGAAUAUCAUACAAAGAUAUAUGACUUAGAAAAGGCUAAUAACAUUCUAAAAGAGAAGUUGAUGGUUGCCAAACAACAGUUAAAUGCUCAACCCAAAAGACCAACACCGUAUACGCACGGAAUUGUCAAACAAGAAAAUCGUAUGUCUAAAAGUUUAAGAGUAACGGGACCCUCUUCUCCUGGUAAACCCUUUGAAAAAUAUCCUCGAUACGGUCAUAGUUUAUUGGAGGAGAGUCGUGCUGAAAUAAAUCGAUUAGAGAGAGUUAUUGAAGAGCUUAAUGAACAGUUGAAUAUAACCGAUCAGCAUUUGGAACAAGAGAGAGAAAGAUAUCGUAUUAGAGAAAUGGAAUUUGAAGAGGACUUAAAUAAGAUAAAACAACAAAUGAGUGAAGGACAGAGGGUAGCCAUACAGGAAAAUAUUGAUAUUAUCAAACUGAAAAGGGACGUUAAGGAAAAAUCCACCAAUUUAAUAUCGUUACAAUCUAAAUAUUCAAAUGUUGAGGAGCAAUUUCGAAUGGCAACUGCAGCUCGACAAAAGCUUAUUGAUGAAUUGGAAGCUAUCGGUGUUAAAUUCAAAUCGGAGCAGAAUAGAAACUUGGCAUUAGAACAAGAAUUAAAGGAGACUCAUGCAUCACAAAGAAGAAUAGUUGAGUUACAAGAGAGAACUAAAGAUUUGGAAAACGAAUGUGCCAUAUUGAAAGAUAGCAAUGAAAAGUUAGUUAACAGUGCCUUUGAUAUGGAAAGAGAAAGAGACUGGCGCAGCAGAGAAAAAGCUCUCAAAGUUCAAAUUGCUCAGCUAGAGGCAACUUUGAAAGCUGAUGUUGGAGAAAAAGGUUCCAUAUUAGAUAAAUUAACAGAAGAAAGAGAAAAAAAAGAUAAAAUGGAAGAAGAACAUAAAGACCUUCGUAUUAACUACUUCAAAUUAAAACACGAAAACGACGAUUUACAGCAAAAAAUGAAGUUUUUCACAAAAGAGUCUGCAGUUGAUAUGCAAGAAAUAGAAGAAGCUCUUAUUCUUGUAAAACGACGAAAGGAGAAGGAAAAUCAAGAAUUAGACUUUUUACAUAAAGUUGAUGAUGAGAGAUCUUCAGAUAUACAGAGAUCUUUGGAAGAAUUAAACGCUCAACAUGCUGAUACAAUAAAUGAAUUGGAAAAGACUCGAAAUAUGCUAAUUGUACAACAUAAGAUUAAUAAGGAUUAUCAGCAGGAAGCUGUAGCUUGUCGAAGUAAAUUAGAUGAAACUAGGCAAGAUUACGAAUCAAGGUUGGAAGAGUACGCCCAACUUUUGGAUAUUCGUGCAGCUAGAAUAAAGAAACUCGAAGCACAACUAAGAGAUGUCGCUUAUGGAACUAGGAGAUAUACAGUAAAGAAAGACUUAGACGAGGAUGAAGACAUGAUCAUAGAUGAUGCUAUUGAAUUGGAACGUGGACAUAACAUGUUUGAAAUACAUAUAAAACGGGUUGUUCUAACUCCAGAAGCAAUUGAAAUGAUUGAAGAUGAUGAAGCAUCUGUAUUUUGUACUUACGAUUUUUAUGAGUUCGAAACUCAAGCGACUCCAGUUUUGAGAGCUCCAAAGCCAGAGUUUGAAUUUACAUCUCAGUACAUUGUAAAAACUGAUGAUUUCUUCCUGUAUUACCUGCAAAAAGAAUGUUUGAUUGUUGAAUUACAUCAUUCAAUGGGCACUGAUUAUCAAACAGUCGCCGUUGCCAAAAUUAAACUAUCAGAUUUACUAGAGAAGCAUGAUGGAAAAUUGCAUAAGUCAGUUCAUUUAACUGCCUCUAUGCCAGGUGAAGACGCUAUUAGUUUUGGAAUAGUUGAAUUCUGGAUGAGACUGAGAGUUCCUUUAGAGGAGGCCUUCAAUCUAUACAAGCAACGUAUAAAAUCUAAGGGAUAUAUAGCAUCCAAUAUAGAAUCAGCCGGACAAGCUUUGAAAGCAAUGGAUGACGAAGCUGCGGAGAGGGAAGCUGCUGAUAACAUAAACGUUCUAACCGUUAAAAUAAAACAUGGAUCAAAAAUUUUUGCUCGUUGCGAAGGAGUUCAGCCUUCCUCAUUCGUUGUCUAUAAAUUCUUUGAUUUUCCCGAUCACGAUACUAGUAUUGUUACGGCUUCUAACGAUCCUCAAUUUAAUGACAAUAAGUCUUAUCCUAUUACAAUGACAAGCGAUAUGGAUUCCUACCUGAGAAAAUCCAAUUUGAGCUGUUACAUUUUUGACGAAACAGACCCUGAAGAAACAGAAUAUUUGGGAAUAGCUAAAAUUCCAUUGUUGCCUUUGGCUAAUGACAAACCUAUUCAGGGAAUAUUUGAGAUUAUCAAGAAAGAUGGCUCUACUAAUGGUUAUCUAGAUGUUAGUCUUAAGUGGAGAAAUGCAUAUUUCCCGCCAAAAGGAGUUACAGUAUCUAAGGAUGAAUCGAAUGAAAAUCUUACACUUUUGCCGGGUGAAAAAGAUGAACUAGAGAAAAGAACAUCAGCAAAGGAAAAGGAAGACGCAAUGUUAAAAGAAAAACUUACGCCCAUAGUAGCGUCAAACGAACCGGUCAAGCAUAGACCAAAACCUCCACCCGUAGCCGCCAAGUCUACCAGUGACUCGGUACAACACUCAAUUAUGACAAGUUCUAUUCAGGAGGAAUCAGAGCCGGAUACUGAGCCACCAACUCCCAGACCAGAUGCUAGCAAACGAUUAAUAAACGAACAAGAAGAAUACGAAGAGGAAGAAGAGCGCGAGGAGAGUGAGGAAGAUGAGGAGCAGUAUAAUAGGGAACAAUAUUAUGAUGAAAACGAAAGUAUUGAGGAGAAAGUUUCUAAAAUUCGAUCGGAAUAUGAAGAGGACAAAAAUGAAACAACAUCACAAGUUUCAGACGUAUCGGAUAUGCGAAGAGAAGCUCCAAGAGAUGAGCCUCAACCUAUAACUCCUCAUGAUAGUGAUGUUGAUGAAGAGAAAUCAUCCGGUCGUUCAACAGCUGGCGAAGACAGUGAUGCUGUUGUUAUACCAAAACACACAGAGCAAAUUGUUGAUAACGUCACAAUAGCUAUUGGAGAAUUGAGUCUUUGUGAGGAAUCACCUCUAUUAGAAGAUAACAGCGUUACCGACCUAUAUGUUGCCUAUCAAUUCCUUGGAAUUGAUCCAAAGGAGACUGAAACACCUUACAGUCUAAAUAAACCAACAGAAGCUAAUAAACCAAUCAGUUUUAAUUUUGAACGAAGCUUUGAUGUCGACUAUGAGUAUAAUCAAAAGAAACGAAGAUACCUAGCUAGCAUGCUUCUUCCAGAAGAUGCAGAUAAGGGAAGAAUAAGAUUUAUGAUUGUUUCCGAACCACAAGAUGAAGAGGCUGAUUGUGAAGAUGUCGGAAUUGCUUUUGUGUCUUGCAUAGAUAUUCUAGAGAAACAGUGUGAUGUGAUAGAUGAAGAUAUUCCAAUUUUGGCCUAUAAAGACGAACAAACUAUUGUUGGAUAUUUAAAAGUAACAGUUAAAUGCUUACAAGCUUUACAAGCUGUUCGUGAAGAAAUGCAAACACCACCGGCAACGCCUACAUAG